CGUUCGAAAGCUGGGAUGAUUGCCUGAUGACGUCUAGCGAUCAGUUUACUAUCAAAAUAAGACGAGAUGGAACAAUAUUUCAAUACAACAGUAAAUUUGAACUGAUAAAUACUUGGAUUGGCUUCCAGGAUUCACGCUGUUUGCAUCUCAGUAUAGCGAAUGAUACGCUGAUAGCACUUGCUGAAAACACAUCUAAUUAUCCCGUCAUUAAAUGCUGGAAUUUAUUAGAUUCUUCCAAGCUUCUCUAUAACAGCGUCCUAGAGCAUAAUGACGAGCCUCACCCCAUAUCGGCCUUCACUAUUUCUGAGGAUAUGUCUAUCGCAGCUAUCGGUCUAGCAAAUGGUAAUAUGAUCAUAAUACACAAUUUGAAAGACACAAUCCAAACUUCUGAGCAAUUCAAAUCAUUUAGAAUCAAUCUCGCUAUUAAGGAGCCGAUCACAGAUUUAUUAUUUAGCAGAUCCGAGAAUAGUCUCUUCAUACUGUCUCCAUCAUCCUUAUUGGUAUCCAGGUUUGACUCAAAAGGUGGAUAUACCAUAUCACCACUUGAUGAUAUUGGCUCACAGCUCAAUUGUCUUCAAAUGAGUCCAAUCAACUCCGCCAGUGUGGUCGUCGCUAGGGAUGAAGCUCUUUAUCUUUAUGGUCUCGAGGGUCGUAGGGCUACCUACGCUUUAGAAGGUGAAAAAACUUUUAUCAAAAGGUUCUUCAAAUACAUUGUGCUAUGUAUGCCAAGUAAAUCAAAACCAUCUGUCAAUUCGGUCACCAUUAUUGAUCUAAAAUUCAAGUACAUAGCUUAUAAAGGUGAUAUAGCUGAAAAUGUCUGCGAGGUUCUGAUAAGUGGCAACAAGCUUCAUGUACUCUGUGAUGAUGGUAAGGUAUACACUUUGCACGAAAAGUCUGUCUUCAGUAAACUGGAAUUAUUAUACAAGAGCAACUAUUACUUGCUGGCUUUUGACAUAGUUGCCGACAGCAAAUUGGAAAAGUACAUUGAAAUGGAUGUGCACAAGCGUUAUGCAGAUUACCUUUACCAGAAAAACGAUUACGAUCUGGCGACCCAAGAAUAUUGCAAAACCAUCGGCUAUGUCGAACCAAGCAGCAUUAUUCGCAAGUUCUUGGACCAUCAAAGAAUACAUGAUUUGGUCAAAUAUCUUCAAGAAGUACAUUAUAAGGGGAAUGCAAACCCUGAUUAUACCACACUAUUAUUAAACUGUUUAAUAAAAAUCAAAGAUAUCGAUUGUUUGGACUCCUUUAUAACUCAAUCAAAUAAUGACAAUCAAGUUCAAUUCGACCUGCAGACUGCUGUUAGAGUUUUAAGACAAGCUGGCUAUAUAAACCAUGCCCUUCAGCUCAGUACAACGUACCUAAGACAUGAUGAUGUUCUCAAAAUACAAAUUGAAGAUAGGAAAGAUUGGGAUGCUGCUUUGAAAUAUUUGAGUAGACUCUCGCCGGAUAAUGUUGAGAACUACUUGCAUCAUUAUGGCAGAUUACUACUGGAAUACAAUUGUCAAGUAACUACUCAUUUGCUAAUCGAACUAUGCUCCGGUUCAUAUAGACCAAAAAACGCAGAUAGCGAUGUAACGGAUCAAUUAUCGUUGAGGAAGAGUAAAUUUAACUCUAUAGCAGCAAAUACAAUAAAUUAUAUUGGAUUUAAUGCUAGUAAUUCAUCACGAAACUCGUCGACAGAAGAGGAUGAUGUUUACAAGCCGCCUUCACCUCUUAAAUAUUUCUCACAAUUUAUCAAUUAUCCUAAUCAACUAAUAAUAUUUAUCGAAUCUAUAAUGAAGUUGCGGUUUGGUAUCGAGUUUACUUCUGAUAACAUUAUCAUAAAAGAAGUGCAAAGUAUUUAUGAUGAGCAGAAUUUCAACAACGUGUCAGCCUCCUUAAAUACAAUAUUAGAGUUAUAUGUACAAGAAGCAGGAGCUUCAGAGUCACCAGAGAUCCAAAGAGAAUUACAUUCCAAAGCAUUGAUGUUAAUUGAUAAUUAUGAAAGAAUACCCAUCGAUUUAAACCACGCCUUGAUGAUCUGCACAAUAGAGUCAUUCGAUGAAGGUAAAGUGAAGUUAUGGAAAUUCUUAGAAGCUUAUGAAGAGAUAAUAUACCAUCAUAUGGCCCAAGCGGAUACCUCAACGAACAGGGAAGAUGAAGAGAGAUCUACAGAUGCAAUUUUCGAAUCAAUAAAGAACUUUGGUAAAUUUGUUCCCAGAAUGUAUCUAGUUGUAUUGGACUUCUUAUCAAACAAUAUUGAAGGACACAAUAACCGCACCGUCAUACAGAACUUGUUGGAAUUGAUAGACAACGUCAGAGAUGAAUUUACGAAGAAGCAUAUGAACGAUGAAGUCAUUAGAUUACCGCAAAUGAGUGAAAUCGUUCAAAUUUUAAGUAAACCUGGUGUUCAUAACGGAAUUGUGAAAGAGUGGAUAAUAAGAAAAGUAAAGGAGGAUGAAGAGAAGACAAAAGUUGAUGAACUAUUGCUCAUGAGUUAUAAAGAAGAGACAAUAAAGAAGGAAAAUCAAAUAAAAGAGCUUAAUGAUGUCAAUAAAGCUCAAACAUUCCAAAAUACAAGGUGCUCAUCAACUGGGGAGAGGCUAGAAUUACCUGCUAUACAUUUCGCAUGUGGGCAUUCUUUUAAUAUGAGUGUUUUAGCAGAUAACGAAACUGAAUGUCCAAUUUGUGCUAGGAGUCACGGAAUGAUAAGAGAACUACGAAGGAAUCAAAAAGAUUUACUAGAGAAACAUGAUACGUUCAUAAAGGGCGUAUCAAAUGAAGGUUUUAAAUUAAUUUCAUCUAAUUUCGCUAAUAAAUUGUUUUAAUUUACUUUGUAAUUUACCAUGAAGUUCUUGAUUACGUUGAUAGUACUUCUAGAGGUAUUAUGGG